AUGUUCAUAAAGAGAUUGUACACCAAAAACACCAAUUCUUUCAUUUCAAGAUCCUUACACAAUUUUAACCAUCCAAGAAUCUCACAGGCUCAAUUGAAACAAUCUAUAGAAACAACCAUAAAUAAUCAUCAACCAAGUCCAAAGGAAACUUGGAAGAGUUUCAAGCAGAUAACUUCAAUUAUAUUGUUUUCCACUAUAAGUACAAUUGGCAUAUACUCCUCAUAUCAAGCUGUUUAUAAAAAUGAAAAAACAUUUGUCCCAUUAUGGAUUAAUCCUAUAAAGAGGAAACCAAAAUCUGGAGAAAUAGAUCUAGAACAAAUUCAAUCAGUUGCAGAAGAUCAAAUAUUAGAAAGAUUAUCAUUAGAUCAUGAAAUUAAAACACAAUUCAAAUUACCUAUAAAGCAAGAUACACCUAUAAGCUUUGAUGUAUGGAUAGAAGAUAAAUUAACUACAUUGAAAGGUUUACAAAUUUCACCAACUUCUCCAACUUUCUCUAUUGUUAAUAAACCAAUUCGUAUUAAGAAAAUAGUUGAUGGGCUCUUGGAACCUAUUGGUGGGAUUUUAAAUGGUAAUUCAACUGAUGAAAAUUUUAAAAUACCAGUUUAUAAUGAACAUACUAUCAAGGAAAAAGAUCAUGAUAUUGUAUUUUUAGGUGAAGUUCCAAUUCAAGGACAAAAUGGUAAAGUUGCAACUGUGGUGUUUAAAGGGAUCUUUGAUUUUGAACAUAUCAAACAUGCGAAAAUCAUAAAAGCUCAUUUAAUAACGAAAGAUGAUGAAGGAAAUUUACAUAGGAAAAUAUUAUGGAAUCGUUAA